AUGGCAAGCAUGGCUGUUCAGUUACUGGGCUUCUUACUAAGUCUCUUUGGUCUAAUUGGAACCUUAGUUGCUACUAUUCUGCCUCACUGGUGGAGGACGGCACACGUAGGCACCAAUAUUAUAACAGCUGUGGCAUACAUGAAAGGGCUCUGGAUGGAGUGUGUCUGGCAUAGCACUGGCAUCUACCAGUGCCAGGUCCAUCGGUCUCAGCUUGCACUGCCUCGGGACCUUCAAGCAGCUCGUGCCAUGAUGGUGAUUUCCUGUGUUAUUUCCACACUGGCAUGUGUGGUGUCUGUUAUUGGCAUGCAUUGCACUCGCUGUGUCAAAGGGGCCUCUGCCAAAAAUUCUCUCGCUGUCUCUGGUGGAAUCUUUUUCAUCCUGGCUGGUCUCAUAUGCCUGGUUCCUGUUUCUUGGACUACUAAUGAUGUGGUUACAGAUUUUUACAACCCCAUGCUUCCCAACGGGAUGAAGUACGAGAUAGGGCAAGCUCUUUACCUCGGUUUUUUCUCUGCAUCUUUGACUAUACUUGGCGGAGCUCUACUGUGUACAUCAUGCCAGAGUACUGGGGACAACCUACCUUACCAGCCACAACCAAGGAGCACAACAAGGGCUGCUCCCUCAUAUAGACCACCAACUGCCUACAAGGGAAACCAUGCACCUUCUCUGACCUCUGUUUCACAGAGUGGCUACAGAUUAAAUGACUAUGUGUGAGUUUCUUAAGAUUCACCUGUGACUCAGAACUGCUCUAUAAUGGAUGUGUAUGACAUAAAACUAAGCUAAAGAACAUUUAUAAUUUAUGAGAGUUUUGAUACAAAGUUUACCAUUGUGUAUGUAUGCAGUGAAACAACAUGAAAUUGUUUGCUUUGAAACUGGAAAAAAGAAAAGAAAAGAAAUUUGUAGUAUUCCAGAGGCUGCAAUUCUCCCUAUGUGAGGUCAA